AUGGCCACUUCAAUCGAUGAUGAUGAUGACGAUGGUCGUAGCGAUAGUGCUGAUGAUAAUGAUAAUGGACCUAUACAUCACAAAUCACCUGAAGACUAUUCAAAAGAUCUAUCCACUGCAACCCAAAAAGCACAAGAAGCACAAGAAACAAAAGAACCAGUCAAAUAUGUCCCACCGGCAGUAAGAGCAGCCAAGGAACAUGAAUUACAACAAAGAUCGUCUUCGAAUGUGCAAAAAUCUGAAGACAUGCACAAGAUUAAUAAAGUGGUCAAAGGUUCAUUAAACAGACUCUCAGAAGCAAACAUAGAGACAAUCCUUGGUCAAUUACAAGAACUCUAUAGAAAUAAACCGAGGCAUGACGUUACUACUUCAAUUACAGAUUUAAUCUUGUCAACCAUCGGUUCAAGAGAUAAUAUGUUGGAUAGUUUCGUCAUCUUAUAUGCAGGAUUUACCGGAUCUCUUCAUAGACUAGUAGGAAUAGAAUUCAUGGCAUAUAUAACUCAAACUAUUAUAAAAAAGUUGGAUGAAAAGCCCUUAUAUCAAGUAUCUGAAGAUGAAGUUAGAUCUAAUCUCAAUUUAAUAAGUUUAUUAUCAGAACUUUAUAAUCUGGGUAGCAUCUCGGUUUCAUUGAUAUAUGAUUUGAUAAAAUCUUUGAUAUCUACUGAUAAACUCAAUGAAGCUCAAAUUGAUGCUGUUCUCCGGAUUACGAGAAGUGCUGGGCAACAAUUAAGGCAUGAUGAUCCAGGUUCAUUGAAAGAAAUAGUUUUAGCUAUUCAAAAUAAAGUAGAACACAUUGAAAAAGACGAAUUGAGCUCAAGAUUCAAAUUCAUGUUGGAAUGUUUGAACAAUUUGAAAAAUAAUAAAACAAAAGCUUUGAGUGGAACUUCAAAUGGGAUAGAAUCCAGGGAUAGAAUAAAAAAGUAUCUUAAGAACCUUGAGAAGAGACCUGGUGUUGCUUCAACCGAAGCCUUAACGGUUAGCCUUGAUGAUCUUCGCCAAGCAGAUUCUAAAGGUAAAUGGUGGUUAGUCGGUUCGGCCUGGAGUGGCAAUCCUCUAGUUGAUAAGAAAGACGAAUUUUCAAAGAAUAAGAAAGCAGACGAUGAUGUCUUGAUUAAAUUAGCUAAAAGGCAGGGUAUGAAUACAGAUGUAAGGCGGAAUAUCUUCAUUAUUUUGAUGAGUAGUGAGGAUUAUAUUGACGCUUGCGACCGAUUGUCUAAUCUAGGCCUUACGGAAGUACAACAGCGAGAAAUUAUAAGAGUUAUUUUACAUUGUGGUGGAAAUGAAAAACGCUACAAUCCAUAUUACACUCUAGUGGCAUCACAUCUUUUAAGACAAUCACAUUCAACUAGAAUUACAUUGCAAUAUGCGAUAUGGGAUUUCUUAAGAGAAUUGGGAGAGUCAAGUGUUGGAGGGUCAGAGAUCCUUAAAAAUAGCACUAGUAGUGGGGAUGGAUCAAACGUUCGUAGUAGUCGCAUUGAUAAUCUAGCUAAAGGUCUUGCAUGGUGGGUCGCGAAGUCAUCAGUACCAUUAUCUAUCUUUAAACCUGUGAUAUUUCCAACUUUGUCUCCGAAAGCCAAAGACUUUUUUAACAAGUUUUUCGUAUAUCUCUUUCUUUCAACAUAUUCUUCAUCUCCAACGCUCAAUCUAGAUAGUAAAAAAGGUGAUAAAAGUAUAAUCGAAGGUAUAAUGAUAAAAGCAGCACCAAUUUCAAAUCUAGCAAACGGGAUAAAAUGGUACCUUAAUCAUAUCGAUUUAAAUAACUUAAAGGAAAGGGAGUUAGAAAUAAGUGAAUGGUGCAUAAAUCACUCAGUUGAAACGUUAAAACUUGGAAUGGAUUUAUCUAAUUAUUGA